AAACUGACAGACUGUUGUCCUGAUACUGACAAAAAACUAUAAUUGCCAACCUUGAGUCUUCCAGUUUCAAAAAAUCCUCACCUUCUUCUUAAUCCUUGCUCAUUUUAAUCUCAAUCAUUUCGAUUAUCAAGCAAAACCACAAAUUGGCCUCACCAGUUAAUUGUCUGAAUUCAAGAAAAUGAGUUUUCGAGACGAGAGUGAUGAUGGGCAUCUGCGAAAGCCGCUUUUACACACAGGGAGUUGGUAUCGUAUGGGGUCCAGACAAUCAAGCAUGAUGGGCUCUUCUCAGGCGAUUCGAGAUAGCUCUAUCUCUGUUCUUGCUUGUGUUUUGAUCGUUGCUCUUGGUCCUAUUCAAUUUGGCUUCACUUGUGGUUAUUCUUCUCCUACUCAAGCUGCUAUUUCCAAUGAUCUCCAGCUUACUGUAUCGGAGUUUUCUUUGUUUGGUUCAUUGUCGAAUGUAGGUGCUAUGGUUGGGGCAAUAGCAAGCGGUCAGAUUGCUGAGUACAUUGGACGAAAAGGGUCUUUGAUGAUAGCAGCCAUUCCUAAUAUUAUCGGGUGGCUUGCUAUAUCGUUUGCGAAAGAUUCUUCAUUUUUGUAUAUGGGAAGGUUGCUGGAGGGAUUCGGUGUUGGAAUUAUUUCCUACACGGUUCCUGUAUAUAUAGCUGAGAUAUCUCCUCAAAAUAUGCGAGGAGGACUGGGGUCAGUGAAUCAGCUCGCAGUCACAAUUGGAAUAAUGCUGUCCUAUUUGCUCGGACUGUUUGUUAAUUGGAGGGUACUAGCAGUUUUAGGGACAUUGCCUUGUCUUGUGUUGAUUCCAGGCCUUUUUUUCAUCCCAGAAUCACCUCGUUGGUUGGCAAAAAUGGGCAUGACAGAAGAUUUUGAAGUUUCCUUGCAAGUUCUUCGGGGAUUUGAGACUGAUAUCUCAGUUGAAGUAAAUGAUAUCAAGAGGUCCGUGGCAUCAACAAGUAGAACGACGGCCAUUCGUUUUCGGGAUUUGAAACACCGAAGAUAUUGGUUUCCUUUGAUGAUAGGAAUUGGAUUGCUUGUCCUUCAACAGCUGUCCGGAACUAAUGGUGUCCUCUUCUAUUCGAGUACCAUUUUUGAAUCUGCUGGCAUUUCAUCAAGUAAUGCUGCAACUUUUGGACUCGGGGCUGUUCAGGUGAUAGCCACUGCAGUUUCUACAUGGUUGGUGGACAAAACUGGUCGAAGGAUUCUACUCAUAAUCUCCUCCACAGGGAUGACUUUCAGUCUUUUUGUUGUUGCAGUUUCUUUCUUUGUAAAGGGUUUUGUGGCUGAUGAUUCUACUCUCUAUAGCAUUUCGGGCAUCCUGUCAUUAGUUGGAGUUGUGGGAAUGAUCAUUGCCUUUUCUCUUGGAAUGGGGCCCAUACCGUGGAUUAUAAUGUCAGAGAUUCUGCCGAUCAAAAUCAAAGGCCUUGCUGGAAGUGUUGCAACACUGGCAAACUGGUUCAUUGCCUGGGUGGUCACCAUGACUGCACCUUUGUUGUUGUCUUGGAGUAGUGGAGGAACCUUUACUCUGUACAUGCUUAUGUGCGCUCUCACCUUGGCAUUUGCAGCAAUUUUAGUCCCCGAAACCAAAGGGAAAACUCUUGAGGAGAUUCAGUUGUCUUUCAGAUGAUUUCGUUUUUAUGUUCCUAGUUAAUGUCUCCCUCCUGGUCCAGCAUGCUUGUUUUAGUAAAUUGCCUCUGAGCAAAACAUACAUGUUGAGUUCAUGCUAGCAAGAAGAGGACAAUGCACAGCUCUUUAGAACUCCCCGUCAGAAUGUUAAGCAUAUCUACCUUGACAAGGGAUUUCUUGAAAACAUUAAGAAACUUAUAUAAAAGCAAUUUAUUUAUCA